UUCAAUCAACCAAUAAUCCCACCAUUGCUGCGGCUGGUGCUGCUACAAGACAACAACACAUGGCAUCCAUAAUCCCUCCCCCACUCCCACUCAACCGCCUUUCAUGCCCUGACAAAUCCCUAUAACUCAGCAUCUUCUCUCCUCCAGAUUCUCUCUUCUUUCUUCUUCUUCUUCUUCUUUCUCAGCUUCGUGGUUUCUUUCUCCGAACAUUCUCUCUCUGGUCCACAGCUUCACGCCACUUCUCCUAUCAAUUCCUUCUUAUCAAGGCUUGAAAACUUCCGUUCUUUUCGUUUUUCUCUUUCUUUGGCCUGCCCGAUGGCCUCUUCUUCUCUCUGUUUCCCCGCAACUUCGGCUGCCGCUGCCCGGGCCGAGGGAGCGGGGUAUUGGCUCUCGAGUCGCCGUCCGGGAGCGCAAUUCAGGUCUCAGAGGCUUAGUGUGCGUUGCUCUUUGGAAGAUAAUGUCUCUGAUAUGAGCGUUAAUGCUCCGAAAGGGUUGUUUCCACCUGAACCUGAACAUUAUCGAGGACCAAAACUUAAAGUGGCUAUUAUUGGAGCUGGGCUUGCUGGCAUGUCUACUGCAGUGGAGCUACUGGAUCAAGGCCAUGAGGUGGAUAUAUAUGAGUCGAGAUCUUUCAUUGGUGGAAAAGUUGGCUCUUUUGUGGAUAGACGUGGAAACCACAUUGAAAUGGGACUUCAUGUUUUCUUUGGUUGCUAUAAUAAUCUUUUCCGGUUGAUGAAAAAGGUUGGCGCUGAUAAAAAUUUGCUUGUGAAGGAUCAUACUCACACAUUUGUAAAUAAAGGGGGUGAAAUUGGUGAACUUGAUUUUAGGUUUCCAAUUGGAGCACCGUUACAUGGAAUUCGUGCUUUUUUAACUACAAAUCAGCUGAAGACUUAUGAUAAAGCAAGAAAUGCUGUGGCCCUUGCCUUAAGUCCGGUAGUACGGGCUCUUGUUGACCCAAAUGGAGCAAUGAAGGACAUACGGGAUCUAGAUAGUAUAAGCUUCUCUGAUUGGUUCUUGUCCAAAGGUGGUACACGAGCAAGUAUCCAGAGAAUGUGGGAUCCUGUUGCUUAUGCUCUUGGGUUUAUUGACUGUGAUAAUAUCAGUGCCCGUUGUAUGCUUACUAUAUUUGCGUUGUUUGCCACUAAAACAGAGGCUUCAUUAUUACGCAUGCUUAAAGGUUCUCCUGAUGUUUAUCUAAGUGGUCCUAUCAGAAAGUAUAUCACAGACAAAGGGGGAAGAUUCCAUCUCAGGUGGGGAUGUAGAGAGAUACUCUAUGACAGAUCUACUGAGGGAGAUACAUAUGUGACAGGAAUUGCCAUGUCAAAGGCUACUCAAAAGAAAGUUGUGCAAGCUGAUGCUUAUGUUGCAGCGUGUGACGUCCCUGGAAUUAAAAGAUUAGUUCCAUCCAAGUGGAGGGACUGGGAAUUCUUUGACAAUAUUUAUAAACUAGUUGGAGUGCCCGUGGUGACUGUGCAACUUAGAUACAAUGGUUGGGUCACCGAGUUACAGGAUUUAGAACGGUCAAGGCAACUGAGGCAAGCUGCUGGGCUGGAUAAUCUCCUUUAUACACCAGAUGCAGAUUUCUCUUGCUUUGCAGACCUUGCACUCGCAUCCCCAGAAAAUUACUACCUUGAGGGACAAGGUUCAUUGCUCCAAUGCGUGCUUACACCUGGUGAUCCCUACAUGCCACUGCCAAAUGAUGAAAUCAUAAAAAGAGUUGAGAAACAGGUUUUGGCUCUGUUUCCAUCUUCCCAAGGUCUAGAAGUAACUUGGUCAUCUGUAGUUAAGAUCGGGCAAUCUUUAUACCGGGAGGGACCCGGGAAAGAUCCAUUUAGACCUGAUCAGAAGACACCCGUGAAGAACUUCUUCCUCGCUGGCUCAUAUACGAAGCAGGAUUACAUAGACAGCAUGGAAGGAGCCACUCUUUCUGGCAGACAAGCCUCAGCCUACAUUUGUGAUGCUGGAGAGGCAUUGGUGGCAUUAAGAAAGAAAAUUGCGGCCACUGAAUCCGGACAACUUGCUGCUGCUGUUGCCACAGAUCAAAUGAGUCUUGUAUGAUGGAUGCCCAUCCAUUUGUUCGGAAUAGCUUCAAUUUGGCGAUCUGCUUUCAGUGGAUGAUACAAACGCCAGCCUCUUAUGGGAAUAUUUUUAUGGGCAUGUUUCAUCAUAUAUGUAUGUUAUUUAGUUCCAAUAAGAUAUUAUUUGUACAAUUUUAGUGGCUAGCUUUUGCCUUUGUCAUGCAAUUACUGCAAAUAUUGAAUGAGGAAUGAGCAAGCAAGCUUCUUUUUGA